GCAUAUUUAGUAAAUGUCAAAUUUUUUUUCAAUUACUUCAUGUGUUUAUUUUUACAUAUUUUAAAUCCUUUAUUGAAAAUCCCGACUCUGCCUCUGAUGAAGACAACCUUUGCCUAUAAAUUUAUGUGAUACAACUCAUAAAAGAUCACUCAAUUCCUUCUACUCUUUACAACUAAAAGAAAAUGGAGGCAAAGUUUGCUCAUAUCAUUCUUUUCUUUCUUCUUGCAUUUUCUUUUGAAACUCUCAUGGCACGAAAAGAAAGUGAUGGGCCAGAAGUCAUAAAACUUCUAAAGGAAUUUGAAUCCGAAUCUUGGUGCAAAGGAAAACAAUUCUGGCCAGAACUUAUUGGUGUACCAACAAAGCUUGCUAAAGAAAUAAUUGGGAAGGAAAAUCCAUCCAUAAAUGAAUUUCCAAUAGUAUUGAAUGGCUCUCCAGUCCCAGCUGAUUUUAGAUGUACUCGUGUUCGUCUUAUUGACAACAUUUUGGGUGUUGUUGUACAAAUUCCUAGGGUGGCUUAAUAUAAUGGAUUAUUGAAGUAAUUAAGCAGCCACAUAUUAAAAAAUAAUUAGGGUUCAUGUUGAUUAUAAUGUCUCCAUGUACUCUUACUAUAUAUAAUGGAAUAAAUAAGUGUGGCUUAGUUAUA